ACAAUCGCUUCUCAGGCUGAACGUAGCAUAAAAGAGGCUGAAGAGGCAGAGACGCAAGCCAAUUCGACGGCUGCCUCACGUACGCGACCAGUGAUAUUUGGUGUUUCCUCCAGCGCUACACGAUCUGCUAGUGCUCCUAAGUGUGCCCGCUCAUUGAUCAAUACUGGAAAGGCUAGACUGGAUGCUGCCUGCGGUCUAUCAAAACUUCAGUCCGGUCGUUACAAGCAAGCAGCAGAUCGUCUCCUGAAGGUGGACCUGGAUGCCCUAGAAUUACCGUGGCUCUUUUCUGCGUCCGAUAUGGCCAUGUAUUGCACGUUGUGCGUCAUUGCAAGCUAUGAUAGGACGGAACUGAAAAGGAAAGUGAUCAGUGAUGCCAACUGUCGGAAAUUCUUGGAAUCGGAGCCAAAACUGGUUGAACUUCUGCACUGCAUUGUGAAAAGUCAAUUUGGUCGCGCUUUGGAUAUUUUGAAGGAUAUGAAAGAUAGGUUCCUUCUCGAUCCCUACCUGAGUGCCCAUGUUGAGCCACUAUAUGCUGUAAUUCGAGAACGAGCUCUGCUACAGUAUCUGGAACCGUUCGCGUCUGCUGAUCUUAACGCCAUGGCCAACGUGUUUCGGACGGACCUGCGAAAUUUGGAAGAUGAGUUAGUGGCACUUUGCGAGCGUGGACUGUUAUCAGCGCGAAUCGAUGCCGUUGGUGCUAGCAUUCGCAUGAUUCGAACCAAUGAACGCGAGGAGAAUUACAGGAAAAUUAUCGAUGGAUGUGAUGAUAUGAUUGAGCGCUGCGAAGCUGCCAUACUACGAGCUGUUAUGCAGCAGGCAUGUAUCUGUAUUAGCUCCGAAGGCCGGGUCAAGCGAAAAACGACCAGUCACGCUGAUGAAGCCAGUGAUCCUUCAAAUACGCCCACCCGUCAGAAGGUAUCCGUUCAGAGUAUGAUGCGUGUACUUAGAGGCCGAGUAGUGCCUCCACUUCCUCAAGGAGCAUCUGCUCCUCCAACUGCUCAUCCCGCUCCAGCAACAGCAGUAGCUCCUGCUCCCCCAGUUCCUACAUCAGCUAACAAUGUGCCUGCUACUCCUGCAUCUGAAAACCAAUCUGCUGGUUCCCAGCAACUUCCGAAUCCGUCCGAAGCUGAUAGUUCAGAGGGCAGUGAGGAUCCGAAAGAGCCAGAUAUGAGCUAG